CCGGCUUUGGGGGAUCGCUGGAGACGCUCGUGUUUCUCCACAAACUGUGUUGACAAGCGACUGUUGAAAAGGGCUGGGAAAAUUACAUCUCAUCUCUGGUGGGGUGAAAUAUGAAACAUGUAAUCUAACGGUUCCUGAAGGAGGGGGGAGAGGGACUUCUCUCCCUCUCUCGCUGUUUUCCUGCUCCGGGUUCCUGGUUGGAUAAUUUGGGUUAAUACUAGUGAGUGAGCCUUUUGCUGCUUCAAAGGGUAUUUCAAGUUGCCGGAGCUCCUCCCCUCCGCACCGUGUGACAACAACAACUCGUCCAGCGAGCGAGCGGCGGCGGCGGCGGCAGCAGCCAGCACUUCCCCGCUCAUUUUCUCUCUGUCAUUCCCCUCUCAAUCUUUGAUCAAUGUACUUGCCAGAGAGAACCGAAGUCCUUCAAACCUCCUCCUUUUCACCUUCGUCUUUAACGUGGUGCUAGAGCAAGGACCACAAAAAGAAACUGCCCUCCCCCUCCCCUCGGCCCCAGCCCCGCCGCCCGGAGCGGACUUCUCCUCCUCCUCCUCCUCCUCCGUCCCCACUUGCGGGACACUUUGUGCGUUCUCUCUCUCACUCUGCCCCCUGCUCUCUCGCUCGCCGCAGCACCUGAUCUGGGGUUAUCCCCCCCUUCUUCUCCCCCCUCCUCCCUUCUCUCCUUUCCUCCUUUUUUUUUUUUUUAAUAAUUUUUUAAAUUUUUCCCCUUUCCCCUGCGUGUGUGUGUGGGAACUUUCCCCCCUCCCCCUGCCCCCUCCGCCGUAUAUGUGACCAUGGCCGUACCGGCUGCUUUGAUCCCUCCGACCCAGCUGGUCCCCCCUCAGCCUCCGGUCUCAACUUCUGCCGCCUGCACCACCACCACCACCACCUCGUCGUCGGCCACCUCGUCGUCGGCCACCUCCUCUCCGUCUCCGUCCAUCGCUCCCCCGCCGGCCGCUUCGGGGACAAACCUAUUCCGGCCGGAGCCCAUCGCAGCGGCGGCGGCGGCGGCCACAGUCACCUCCACCACCAGCGGCGGCGGCGGUAACGGCAGCGGCGGCGGCAGCGGCGGCGGCAGCCCCAGCCUGGGCACCGGCGGCGGCGGCGGCGGCAGCAGCAGCAGCGGCGGCGGCAGCGGCGGCACCUCCACUCCCAAUGCCAGCGCGGCCAGCGCGGCCGGCAGCCUGCCCGGCAAGCCCGUGUACUCGACCCCGUCCCCGGUGGAGAACACCCCCCAGAAUAACGAGUGCAAGAUGGUGGAUCUGAGGGGGGCCAAAGUGGCCUCCUUCACCGUGGAAGGCUGCGAACUCAUCUGCCUGCCCCAGGCUUUCGACCUCUUCCUGAAGCACUUGGUGGGGGGCUUGCACACGGUCUACACCAAGCUGAAGCGGCUCGAGAUCACGCCCGUGGUCUGCAACGUGGAGCAGGUCCGCAUCCUGAGGGGGCUGGGGGCCAUCCAGCCCGGGGUCAACCGCUGCAAACUCAUCUCCAGGAAGGAUUUCGAGACCCUGUACAAUGACUGCACCAACGCCAGUUCUAGACCUGGAAGGCCUCCUAAGAGGACUCAAAGUGUCACCUCCCCAGAGAAUUCUCAUAUCAUGCCACAUUCUGUCCCAGGCCUAAUGUCUCCUGGAAUCAUCCCGCCAACAGGUCUAACAGCAGCAGCUGCAGCAGCAGCAGCUGCCACCAAUGCAGCCAUAGCAGAAGCAAUGAAAGUGAAAAAAAUAAAAUUGGAAGCUAUGUCCAACUAUCAUGCAAAUAAUAACCAGCAUGGAGCAGACUCUGAAAAUGGAGAUCUGAAUUCAAGUGUUGGCAGCAGUGAUGGUUCUUGGGAUAAAGAAAAACUUCAGUCUCCCCCCACCCAAGGAUCACAGGCCUCUGUUAACCACCCCAACUUGCCUGGACAGCAUAAUGUUCCAGUUAGCCAUCCUCUCAACCCUCUUCAACAGAACCACCUUCUGCCUAAUGGGUUGGAACUUCCUUUCAUGAUGAUGCCCCACCCGCUGAUUCCCGUGAGCCUACCUCCAGCCUCUGUCACGAUGGCAAUGAGCCAGAUGAACCACCUCAGCACCAUCGCCAACAUGGCAGCAGCAGCACAAGUGCAGAGCCCUCCCUCCAGGGUGGAGACAUCUGUUAUUAAGGAACGUGUUCCAGACAGCCCUUCUCCUGCUCCUUCUCUUGAAGAGGGCCGAAGACCUGGCAGCCAUCCAUCCUCUCAUCGAAGCAGCAGCGUGUCCAGUUCUCCUGCGCGGACCGAGAGCUCUUCAGACAGAAUCCCAGCUGUCCAUCAGAACGGGCUCUCUAUGAACCAAAUGCUGAUGGGUUUGUCACCUAAUGUCCUGCCUGGACCUAAGGAGGGUGAUCUGGCUGGUCAUGAUGUGGGACAUGAGACAAAAAGAAUACACAUUGAGAAAGAUGAGACCCCGCUCUCCACACCAACCGCAAGAGACAGCCUUGACAAACUUUCUCUAACUGGGCAUGGGCAACCACUACCUCCGGGUUUUCCAUCUCCUUUUCUGUUCCCUGAUGGAUUGUCCUCCAUAGAGACCCUUCUGACUAACAUCCAGGGUCUACUAAAGGUUGCUAUAGAUAAUGCCAGAGCUCAAGAGAAACAAGUCCAACUGGAAAAAACAGAGCUGAAGAUGGAACUCUUCAGGGAACGAGAACUGAGAGAAACACUUGAAAAACAGUUGGCUGUGGAGCAGAAGAACAGAGCAAUAAUUCAGAAAAGGCUAAAGAAGGAAAAGAAGGCAAAGAGGAAAUUGCAGGAAGCACUUGAAUUUGAGACUAAACGACGAGAGCAAGCAGAGCAAACACUGAAACAGGCAGCUUCAACAGAUAGUCUCAGGGUCCUAAAUGACUCUCUGACCCCAGAGAUAGAAGCUGACCGCAGCGGGGGCAGAACAGAUGCUGAAAGGACAAUACAAGGUUCACUAGAUGCCUAUGCCUAGCUCCCAAUCCGGUUUCCCAAGACCCCCUCAUCCCACACAAAAAGAUGGAAGACUUUAUUUGAAAACUACUGUCAUGUAUUGAAUUUUUCCUGCUGAAAAUAACGUGUGCUACGGUAAAGAACGUUGCAGUAAGACAUUGGCUCAUAAAGAGUUCUGUGGAAACAAAAUGUUUUCAGACCAACUUCCUCAACUUCAUUUAUCAAUGUUCUUCAAAAACGUAAAGAAUUCUACAAGAGUGUCCUCCUUUGGUUAUCUCCUGUGGCUCAACCUGGAGAUCUAGAGAAUAUUUGUAAAUGAACAGUAGCACUGUUCUCACAGCUAAAAUCUGCAUCUCUGCGCUGGACUAUUGUAUCUAAAAUUACAGGCAGUCAGAACAAGGCUGAGUAUUCCCUUUUUCAAGGAAUGCAGACUUUCUCCUCCUCUGAUGAUUCUAUAUUUGAGCACAUCCAAUGAUCCUUCCAGCGGUGUCCAAGUACACUUACAGACUGUUAUACCAUACCGAAACCAGCAAGACAGCUCAGAAAUGAACUUGUAGAGGGCAUAAAAGGAUUCUUAUUUAAAAAAAAAGGAAAAAAAAAAAAAAGGUAAAAGAAGAAAAAAAUGAUACAUUCAGUUUUCAAACAAUGAUCGUGGGUUUUUCUUCUAAAGACAUUUUUUCCACAUGCUUUCCAAGAGACCAACACAUAUAUGUAAGACUACAUUAAGUGAAAUGGAAUUUUGUGUAAGUGAAAAGAAAUGCUGAAUGUAAACAAACUGUUUUACCAUUCACAAAGUCUCUUUUCCUAAAAUAAAAUUUAAAAAAAAAAAAUAAUAAUUUCUCAUUGUAAACUGGCAGGGGUUUAUGAAAUAAAAGACUUUGCUUCUUAUCAAAAUGUUGGUCACAUGUACAGUAUAUAACACAAAUCACACAAGGAAGGUAUUAUGUAUGCAGUAGAAAUCUAGAGUUUAGGAAAUGAAACUUUUAGAUAAUAUUGUUUUGUCACCCUGUUGGUCAGAAAGACACCUUUCUAGUUUUAACGCAUGCAGGCAUGUAAAUAUUUGUCCUGGAGUCACAGUAUUACUGAAUGAGAUCUUAAGCAUCUGGUAACAAGUCAGAAUUCUGUAUCAGCCACUUUUAUUUGUAUAUUGAGCCCUGGUUAGUGCCCUGACUAGUGCACUUCUAAGAAUGGACUGUGGCUGAGCAGCAAGUCAAAAUGCCAGAAAUAUUUUUAUAUGUUAAUGUCAUAUUACGUCAAUGUU